GGGGUUAGCUUGCUGGUUGGCUAAAUGUUUUAUAGAAGCCGAUACUUCGUAAAUCGUACAGUCCUUGAUAUAUUUCCCUACUUUUACUUCGAUCGCGUUUUAUGAAAGGAAUAAUAUUAAUUUCAGGGUUUAAAACUACUUUUUGCCCACAGUUGUCCUCAGUGUGUAGCGUACCAUCCGCGGCUAACAUUGCAUUAGCCACAUAUUUCAGGCUUCCCUAGGGAGUUCAAGUCCAGUUGGCUCAUUAUCAUCAGAGGACCAUGACUUUGACCCAACUGCAGAAAUGUUAGUUCAUGAGUAUGAUGAUGAGAGGACUCUGGAGGAGGAAGAAUCUCUGGAUGGAGGGAGGAAUUUUCGCUCUGAGAUUGCAGAUCUGGAAAAGGAGGGGAACAUGCCUUUGGAGGAACUAUUGGCCAUCUAUCGCUAUGAGGCUUCAGCAGGCUCUAGUAUAGACAGCUCCUCUGGAGACCUGACUGAUGAGCUGCCUGACAUGACUUUGGACAAGGAGGAAAUAGCCAAAGACCUGCUGUCUGGUGACUAUGAGGAAGAGACCCAGUCUUCAGCUGAUGAUCUGACCCCCUCAGUAACCUCCCAUGAGGCUACCGAUUUCUUCCCAAGAACACUUAGAUCCAACGCUAUCUCCGAUGGUGAUAAAGAGUCAGAGUGUGACGAAGAUGGCCCAAGCCCAGAGGACUCCAGAAAGGAAAUAAUGGUAGGAACACAGUACCAAGCAGAGGUUCCUUCUUGCCUCUGUCACUACAAAGAUGGAGAGAGAGUAUAUGAAGAGGAAGACGAGUUAUUAUGGAGCCCAGGUACAUUGCCAGAAAACAAGGUUAGAAGUUUCCUGUCUGAGGUGUUGUCACGGACAACGGAUGAGAAGACAGGAUGUGACAAACCAGGGAUGCAUGUCCGAGACAAUGAGCAGGCUUUGUGUGAGCUUGUCAAGUGCAACUACAACACCCGUGAAGCACUAGAGAGAUACUGCAACCGUGUAAAGUCCUCAAAAGAAAAAUCACCUCCGUGGUCAGAAGAGGAAUGCAAGAACUUUGAACACGCACUACAGAUGUAUGACAAGAAUUUUCACCUCAUACAGAAACAUAAAGUCACAACACGAACAGUAGCAGAAUGUGUGGCGUUUUACUACAUGUGGAAAAAGUCCGAGCGCUUUGACUUCUUUGUGCAGCAGAAUCGGUUUGGGAAGAAAAAGUACAGCAGCUAUCCUGGCGUAACGGACCUGAUGGACAGGCUAGUGGAUGAAGCAGAGGGACUAGCAGUGGACAGUUCCUCCUCUGUGUGUUCAGGAGCAGGUGGAGGAGGAAGGCUAGAGACCACCACAGACCAACAGCUCAGCCUGCUCAACUCCAUCACUGCCAGCGACCUCACAGCUUUGAGUAACAGUGUAGCCACAGUGUGCAGCCCUGCAGACGUUAAUUGCCUGGACUCCUACAGCUUUCCCCCACUGGAAAGUCUCCAUCGCGGGUCCUUGAACCACGACGAAUCACUUGGGUUCCCUUCUAAUGGCGCCGACCCCGACUGCCUCAACAUGCUCGACGCUGGCUUCUACCACUCUGACCUGGGCCAGCUAGGAGGAGUGUGCGUCAACAAGGACUGCGAGCGGCCCUCCAAGAGACUCAAGAUGGCGCUGCCUGACUCCUUUAUCAAUGACGUGUCUGUGGGUAACCUUGAAGUGGACUUCGAAGCGCGACGGACAGCGACGCACCACCACCGAAUCACCGGCGCCAAAAUGGCAGUGUCCGUCACAGACUUUGGGAGCUUGGCUGGCAACGGCGAGCCCAACGGGUUUCUGGGAGCACAUGCAAGGCACCACACACAGCACACUGCGGCACUUCAGUCAGAGUGAUCUUCCUCGUGUUCUUCCCUUUUGAAACCCCUUAUCCCACUUGUACAUAAGACUGAACUCACUGGAGAAUCUUUGUUUAAAUUCUAUUAUAUAUAUCUAUAUAUCUAUAUAUAGAUCUAUAUAUCUAUAUAUAGAUAUAUCUAUAUAGAUAUAUAUAGAUAUAUAGACAUAUAUAGAUAUAUGUAUAUGAAUAUACUUUUGUUUUCAUUUUUGUGUAAUAUGACAUCAGUGAUGUCUAUCAUAUAGAACUAAAAAUCUUGAUUUCUCUCAAGAGUUUAUAUAGCCAUUUAUUUUAUUUUUGUUUUGCGGUCUUGAGAUGUGAUGUGUAACGUCCAUGUACAGUGGGGCCCAGAGGCUGCAGUAGGAAAGUUGUGUAUUUUCCUCCCUCACAUCUUCAGAGCUACAGUAUGUUUUCUUGCCAUUCUUUCCAGCUGCCAAAGUUGGCUCAGUUUUCUGCCUGUAGUGUUAGUAUUUAGUUGCUCAUCUAUGUUGUUUUGAAGUGGUACUUUUUUUUUAAAAUAAGUGUUUGGUUUACAGGUACAUUUUAGUAACCAGGCUAGUGCAAAUUGUUUUUAUUUUUAUGCCCGACAUAAACCUCGCUAGAUACAUUAUAUGAAGAGCAACACUAGCAUUGAGAUUAGCUUGGAGACCUUCCAGUUUGGCUUUCUUUUCUUUUUCUCCUGUGGAAGCUUGUCUGCAGUUUCUUCUUCUUUACUUUUAAACUGUUCAAAGUUGCCAAACUGGAACAUGUGAAUGUUUGCAAUGUAAAUUUUUCUUUUCACCCAAAUUAUAGUCCCUAAAUUCAGAGUUUUUCUAUUACAUUUUUAAACAGGCGAUGAACACCUGUGCAGAGUAACAUAAUGGGAGUCUGUAGUUGGAUAUUUUGUUAUUUUUAUUUAUCCUGCUUCUUUCCAUCAGGGUAGCAGUCAGACAAGCAAACCAUAACAGCAAUAUUGCAAUGCAAAGAUAUUUGUUGGGUUAAUAGUCAAACAUAGACAUCAUCAGGCACCGUAAAGUAAUUAUUAUUUAUUGCAUAUACUUUUUACCUUUUUGCAAGCUUUUAUUCAGUCCUAUCAACUCAUGGUUACUCUGUGGCAAGUUUAGCUGUAUAUGUCCCUUUUAGUUGUAGUAAAAAUAAUAUAUGCUCCUAAAUCAAGUUAACGUGAUUUUCAGACCACUUAAACCUGCUAGCAGUAUUAUCUCUUUAUUUAAAGUCACUAUCAUUUUGUAUUCAAACUCUGCCUAACCUGUUCUGACUCGAGAAUGCCUUGUGUACAUUCUAGUAGCAGAAACGAAGCAGUUUUCUCUUGACUGAAGUCCAUAAUUGUGAAUUGUAAAAUGUUUAGCGGGGUAUCGUCAGUUGAUUGGAUGCAGUAGUAGUGUUUACUUAAUUUAUCUAUGCAUUGUGCUAUGAAUAAUUAGUUUGUUUCAGGGGUACAUCAUGUUUGUCAUGUCCGUUUAUCUACUAAUUCACCAUUGUGUGUGUGUGUGUGUGUACAGACGGGAUUCACGCCGAUAACCCUUCAUUAAGUUUUAAGUAAUUCCGUUUCCAAGCUCCGCAUCAGAAGACGUUCACUUCUGCGUUUCAUGUAAAUAAUUAGCAAAUAGCCUUUAACAAGUCUAUAAACUGACCUCUUACACUUGUGAAUCUGUGUUGAUACAAAAGUUUUAAUUUGAUUCCUUGUCAAAAGGCAAUAAUUUGUAGAUAUGUACAGAUAUUUUGGGUUUUGCAUUUUACCGGUUGACUUGGUGUUUGAAAUUCAUUUUUUUCCUCUUUGCAAAGUCAUGCCCCCCCCCCCCCCCCCCCCCCCAUCACCCCCCUCAGGACACAGCUGAAACCACGCAUGCCAGCUGUGUCAGUUUCUCAAGUGUACCACUGAAAACGGCUUUACCUGAAGACGUAUUGAGAUUACUCCGUGUUGCAUUCGAAACUUGCAGCCAUGUGUAAAAGACGCUCUUCUUUCUUUUCCUUGAAAAAGUCUUUUUACGUCAUCUAUAUUUGUCUUGAUGGUAAAAGGAUGGCUGCUGCUCUAAGUAUGUGGAGAGCUAGUUUGUCUCUUAAUGCAAUGUGCAUAAUGCAGUAGGUCCUCCAAGCUCUUCUAAGCAGUGCAGUGAUAUUUAUUUCACCUGUGGUUUGUACAAAGACUCAGAAAAACUGUCAGAAUGUAAAGGCCAUUAAGUAGUAGAAGUAGGUUUUUCACCACCCUGUGAACUCUCGAAAAUGUGAUUUUAUUGAUAUCUCUGGUAUGAGACUUGUGCGUGCAAGGAAGCACUAAACAAAUUUAUUUUAUAUUUUGUAUUGUGUUUUGAAGUUUAAAGGGUGGGGGGGGGAUUCUAGCAGUUGUGGUUUUGAAAAAGAAAACUAGAGUCCUUUGAUGAAAACAAACACCUUUGUGAAUAAAAACCUACAAAACUUAAAAAUGUAUAUCCAGAAAUAUAGACAAUCAAAAACUUCACUGAGACAUGUUCAAGAAGCUAUCUUUAUUGUUUAUAAGAAUUGUACAUAAACAUUGAGGAUUUUUUUUUUCUUUUGUUAAACAUUAUUUUGUAUUUUCUGUUGUACUUUAAUACCUUGUGUACAGAUCCAGAAAUAAAGCUCUGGAAAAGGUU